UCCGGGGAGACAGUGAGCUGUAGAUUGAGUGGAAGCCGGCGGAGUCACAUAUCAAAUCACAGACUUCACUGCUCAUCUGAGGACUCAUACUUAACGACCAGCUUUACGUUUUUUUUCUUUCUAUCCUCCUAUUUUGCCGGGUUAUGUGGCUGCACAUUUUUGACGUGCAGCCACAGGUUGACCGAUUUAAUCCACUCAUAAUGGAUUAUUCCUUCUCAUGUCGUGCCGAUUGUCACUGACGGGAUCGAAAUGGGCACCGUCGAUACACCGCUGAUGAUUGGGAAAGAAACAAACUGAUCGUAUCAAGUGGAGCGGAGACGGAAGCAAACAUCUGUGGGAAAGCGACGCACAAUUUCGAGAGACGAGCGAGGACCUGUGGAGGGACCUAUAUGAAAGGAGGCGAGGCAAAAGAUGAGCUGAUGGCCGUGACAACAUGAAAAAGAAAAAGUGUGGUAGUCUAUUUUCAUCCAGCCAGUGAUUCAACACAACUAACCUGGGGGACACGGACUAAGAGAGAAGAGGUAGGAGACAGGUGCGUGGCCACAGCCGUGACCAUGGAGCCUCCCCCCUCUCUGAGCCUGGCUCUGCUAGGAGGGAGUGAGGACGAGGACCAGCGUUUCCUCCUUCCCCUGGGCAGUAUAUCCCAUCCCUCCACCACUGGCAACCAGCCAGGAUCGAACCACUCCAACCACAUGGGAGGUUCAAGCCUCGACCGUCUAAAUGGCAGCACCCCAUCCCCAUCCCCUGCCACGCCCAGCUUGCCUCCAGCAUCGCUCCCCAAGUUGCCCCUGUCCUCCUCUGGAGCACAGCCCCUGCCUCCACCCAUUCCCAAUGCCUUGCACCCCACCAGCACCCCGCUCUCUUCCUGCCUGGGCUCGCAGCACAGCUUGAGCGGAGACAACUCCCCGGUCUACAACGCCCUCUUUUACUCUUCCCACUCACCAUCCAUGGACCGGGAGAGGGACCGAGAGCGUGACAGGGACAGGGAAAGAGAUAGGGGCUGCAAACACAGGCAGGCCAGCCCUCUGGUUCACCGUCGGGACAGUAACCCUUUCACGGAGAUCGCCAUGAGUUCUUGUAAGUACACGGGCGGGGUCAUGAAGCCCCUGAGCCGCCUCAGCGCCUCCCGCAGAAACCUCAUCGAAUCAGACAGCAGCAGUGAAACCAAAGAGGGCGGUGUUUCAGCUGUUGCCGGGGCAACAGCCGCUGGGGGGCAUGACCGCCAGCGUGAAGCCCCUCCUACCUCCUUGGUGGCCCAGUCCUCUACCAAUCAACCCCCAAUUCAGAGCCCUCCAGAGAUUGUGAUUUCAUCCAAAGAAGACUCACCAUACCCCAGAGGAAGGUAUGACAUCACCGACUCCACAUCCAACCAGAUGUCCAUCUACCAUCAGAACCACGCGCUGGUGGAGAGCAGGCGGGCGCAGCCAGGGAGGGGAAGCAGUCAGGGAGGGGUCGGGUCAGUGGGCACCGGGGCCCGGGGCAGCACCUCCAAGGCUUCCAAACGGAAGAACCAAAACAUUGGCUAUAAACUGGGGCAUCGCAGGGCACUGUUUGAGAAGAGGAAGAGGCUGAGUGACUAUGCCCUCAUCUUCGGAAUGUUUGGCAUCGUCGUCAUGGUGAUUGAGACGGAGCUGUCGUGGGGCGUGUACACAAAGAGCUCCAUGUAUUCUCUGGCCCUGAAGUGUCUGAUCAGCCUGUCCACAGUCAUACUGCUGGGCCUCAUCAUAGCCUACCAUGCACGGGAGGUUCAGCUGUUUGUCAUCGACAACGGAGCGGACGACUGGCGCAUUGCCAUGACGAUGGAGAGGGUUCUGCUGAUUGCUCUGGAGCUCCUGGUGUCUGCGGUGCAUCCUGUACCCGGGGACUUUAAGUUUCAGUGGCGGGCGCGGCUGGCCUUCUCCUAUGCACCGUCGCAGGCUGAGGCUGACCUGGACAUGGUGCUGAGCGUGCCCAUGUUCCUGCGCCUCUACCUCAUUGCCAGAGUCAUGCUUCUGCACAGCAAACUCUUCACCGACGCCUCCUCCAGGAGUAUAGGUGCCCUAAAUAAGGUGCAUUUUAACACACGGUUUGUAAUGAAAACCCUCAUGACUAUCUGCCCCGGGACGGUGCUGCUGGUCUUCAGCAUCUCUCUGUGGAUCAUCGCUGCCUGGACCGUACGAGUUUGCGAGAGGUAUCAUGAUGCCCAGGAUGUGACCAGUAACUUCCUGGGAGCCAUGUGGCUUAUCUCCAUCACUUUCUUGUCCAUCGGCUAUGGAGACAUGGUUCCUCACACUUACUGUGGCAAAGGAGUCUGUCUGCUCACAGGAAUCAUGGGUGCGGGCUGUACGGCUCUGGUGGUUGCCGUGGUAGCCAGGAAGCUGGAGCUGACCAAGGCCGAGAAACAUGUACACAACUUCAUGAUGGACACGCAACUCACCAAGAGGAUAAAGAACGCGGCGGCUAACGUGCUAAGAGAGACUUGGCUCAUCUACAAACACACCAAGCUCAUGAAGAAGAUCGACCACUCCAGAGUCCGCAAACACCAGCGGAAGUUCCUCCAGGCGAUACAUCAAUUACGCAGUGUGAAAAUGGAGCAGAGGAAACUCAGUGAUCAAGCCAACACACUAGUGGACCUCUCAAAGAUGCAGAGUGUCAUGUAUGAGCUCAUGUCUGAGCUCAACGACCGCAGCGAGGACUUGGAGCGCCAGAUGCUGUCUCUGGAGCAGCGGGUGGAGCAGCUCACCGCCGGCUUCAACGCCCUGCCUGCCCACCUCUCAGCUACCCUCAGUGCUCAGCACGCCGCCCUGGUCCACCUGCUCCGAGAGAGAGAUGUGAGGGAUGGCAGAGGAGGGGGUGGAGGUGGAGGGGGAGGUGCUGUGGUCCCACUGUCCCCAGCAGGUUCAUUAACCACUGCUCCAACCGCAAUGUCUCCAGUCCAGGUCACAGCUCCAGCACCACCCUCAGCCCAGGUCCCUACUUUGGCCUUGGAGUCCCCUCUGUCGCCCCCACCACUGAGCCCAGAGGGGAGCCUGGAAGCAAGUCCCAACCCCAACACCUGUACCUCUAGCUGCUGAAGACAGCUCUGAGGACCAGGAGAGGACAAAUACGGCAAGGAAACAGGGAGAGAGGAGAGGGAUGUGCGUGUCCUCUCACCACAGACUAAACGAGAGGAACAAGGGAGAAGGAGAGAAAUGUGAGGCAAUCCUCUGAAACUAACGCUCCACGAGUGAGAGGGAUGAAGACGGGACGAUGAGGAGAAAUAAUGGGAUUAAGAUGGAUGGCUAGUAUGAAUGAUGAGACAUGUUAGGGACUUUGGGGCGCUUUCCUUGAAGAGGGAAGGAAGAAGAAAAAUGGAGAUAAAAUGGAGACUCUAAAAGGUGUGAGGGGGAGGAAGGAUGUCAAGAGGGUGAGGAAUGGAGGUAGAGAGGAUGAGGAGGGGGAAGGAGAGAGGAGGAGAAAUAACGAGGAAUAAUUAUAUGAACUCAGAGCUCCUAAAUGGAAUCCACUUUAAUUACUGAAAAAGGCCUUUAUUCUCUCUAUCUCUCUCUCUCUUUCUCUCUUUCUCUCUCUCUCCUUCCCUCCCCCUCUCCCAAUCUCUCUCUCCCUUCAUCAGGAAUUAAUGACCAUGACUUUUUAUCCUUAUGAUGUAUUUUAUAUCUGAAUGCUAAUUGUGUGUUAACGAGCAUCCCUUUAACAGAAGGUUCGAUCAAUACGACCACGAUUAAAAAAAACUAGUGGCAUGCACCGCACACACACACACACACACACACACACACACACACACACACACACACACACACACACACACGCAUUAUAUCAACUCCACAUCCACGCAAUACAAGUUAACACAGCACAAACAUAAGUACACAAUCUUUCACAAUGCAGGCCCUAUUUGCACCCACAUAAAGAAAUUAAUGCACUAGCCCACCAGAUAAUACUAUAGCCUAUACUGCCAAGCACUGGAUGCACUGUCAAUCUCCACAGAGCACUGCCAAGCAAUGUCGACACACUGUAAAAAAUGUUCAUCCAAACAACUUUCUUUUUUUUUUGUAACGCAGUAGUUUAGACAUACAAUGCAUAGUUGUGACACUUAAACUGUUCAAUUGUAACCGUUCACUGAACUACUCAAAUUACAAAUCAAGUUGAAAUAAGCAAAUACUGAGUGACAUGAGUCAUCUUAACAUCUGUUUGUGAUGAAAAAGAUAGUAGCAGAUGAUAAAAUGCGCUAAUACAACUAUAACAGGACUUUAUUAUUGCAUUAUUACUGCAUAUUAUUGAUUGAAUUACCAGUUUAGUUUAACUGACAUUAAAGUGUACCUGUAUGCUUGCUGUACUGAAAUGAGACUGUAGAAGAUUUUGUUUAAUUUCUGUGAACAUUUCAUAUAAAAGGAAAAACUCAAUUAAUAGUUGUAUCAAGUGCAUUACUAUUGGGAUGGUUUAUAAAACAAGCAUUCAUGAAACUAGCAUUUCAACCUGGUCUAUUAAUGUUCAAGAUGAUAUCACAUAUAUUAUAUAUUAUAUAUGAAACGCUGACUCGACUAGUCGGAGCUUUGCACAAAUUUAAUGCUCCAUAUGUAGUGGGUCUUCUCAUUUUAUGUCAUUAAAAAAUAAUGUUUCUACCUAGAGUUCUACUGCAGACAGUUAUAAUAACAAUCAGAACGUUAUCCAUCAAUAAUAAAUGAUCUUGUUUUUCAUGUAGACGUAGCUGUGGAGUCAGGUUGGUUGAGAUGCUGUAUGUAUCUGUUGUUUUGUUUUCAUUCUCUGAAAAAAAUGUUAUACUUAAAAUCUCUAAAAUGUUGAUUUUUUUACAUUGGUAAUUUGACUUUUUUUUUUAAUCCAACACUGAUUUAUCUGUGUGGUUAUAAGUUAAUGUGAUUAAUAUUUUUUCACAGUGUAUGUCAGUCUAUGACCCUUCAUGAAGGGAAGAAGACUUUACUUAACUGCCAUUUUUUUUUCAGGCUUGCAGUCCCAAAACAACUCACUGUUAUCAUGAAUGUAUUCUGUGUAAAGAAAUAGGAACCUACACUCAAACACUCUUGCUUGCUCGAUCACUUAAACUGCCAUGCAGACACAAGAACAGACACUCACACGCAUGUACAUACAGAUAUAAUACACACACCUCAACAACCAAAGUGCUCUCUCUUAAAUGGACUUCAAUAAGAGGCAGGGAACGCUGCUGUCACUGGGGACAAAAGAUAGCAGGAGGCGUUGCAGAUAUCUUGACAAUAUUUCUGAGGGAAUAACUGUGAAAAUCUGGGCAUGGACUUGUUACAGUGCUGUACAUGGACUGCUCUUCACUGCUUUAAAACAGCUCAAGGUGGACUUCGGAUGAACACAAGGGAACACAAAUAAACCUUAUAAAGGAUAAAUGGCCAUGAAGGAACAGCUGUUCAUGAAAUAAAUAAAACAUAGACAGACUAAGGUAUAUCUGAGAGGAUUUGUAAUGGUGUGAUGGAAAAAGAGACAAGCCUACCCUUUGCAUUGGAGACAAUAUUCAAAACUGUCUUAUAGCGACACGCUGUGGCCGGAAUACUGAAUUACAUACGCUUGGAAUAUUGUACAGUAUGCUGUUAACGAAAUCUAGCUUUGGAUUGCUUAGUCUUUUCUACCAUUAUGAUUAAACGCAGUUAUAGCUGAUAUCUAAUAUUACUAAACUAUAGUAUUCUUCUCAUUCGUUAUGACAAUUAUGAUAUAUGUAUUAACAAUACGUUAAAUAAUUAUGAAGAAGGAAAGUGCCGUUUGAGGUUGAAAUUAUUUUGUAAUUUUAUUUUA